AGCCGCUCUAGGCCCGGCGAGCGCUCUCUAUGGUCGGGCGAGCGGUGUGUUGUCAUCGGCGGAGCGACGGCCGGAGGCUGCGGCGUAGGCCCCGGCGGGGCGUUUGGUUUCGGUUUGGCCCUGAUUGGAAUUAGUGUUGACGGUCGAGAUGGGAGUCCCCAAGUUUUACCGAUGGAUCUCGGAGCGGUAUCCCUGCCUCAGUGAAGUGGUGAAAGAGCAUCAGAUUCCUGAAUUUGACAACUUGUACCUGGACAUGAAUGGAAUCAUACAUCAAUGUUCCCAUCCUAAUGAUGAUGAUGUUCACUUCAGAAUUUCAGACGAUAAAAUCUUUACUGAUAUUUUUCACUACUUGGAAGUGUUGUUUCGCAUCAUUAAACCUAGGAAAGUGUUCUUUAUGGCUGUUGAUGGUGUGGCUCCUCGAGCAAAGAUGAACCAACAGCGUGGGAGGCGUUUUAGGUCAGCAAAGGAGGCAGAAGACAAAAUAAAGAAGGCAUUAGAAAAAGGAGAAACUCUUCCUACAGAGGCCAGAUUUGAUUCCAACUGUAUUACACCAGGGACUGAAUUCAUGGCCAGGUUACAUGAACAUCUGAAGUAUUUUGUAAAUAUGAAAAUUUCUACAGAUAAAUCGUGGCAAGGAGUUACCAUCUACUUCUCAGGCCAUGAGACUCCCGGAGAAGGAGAACAUAAAAUCAUGGAAUUUAUCAGAUCUGAGAAAGCAAAGCCAGAUCAUGAUCCAAACACCAGACAUUGUCUUUAUGGUUUAGAUGCCGACUUGAUUAUGCUUGGAUUAACAAGUCAUGAGGCACAUUUCUCUCUUUUAAGAGAAGAGGUUCGGUUUGGUGGCAAAAAGACACAAAGGGUAUGCGCACCAGAAGAAACCACAUUUCACCUCCUACACUUAUCUUUAAUGAGAGAGUAUAUUGACUAUGAGUUUUCAGUAUUGAAAGACAAGAUCACAUUCAAAUAUGAUAUUGAAAGGAUAAUAGAUGAUUGGAUUUUGAUGGGAUUUCUUGUUGGCAAUGAUUUUAUCCCUCAUCUACCUCAUUUACAUAUUAAUCAUGAUGCACUGCCUCUUCUUUAUGGAACAUAUAUUACCAUCCUGCCAGAACUUGGUGGUUAUAUUAAUGAAAAUGGCCAUCUCAACUUACCUCGAUUUGAGAAAUACCUUGUGAAACUAUCAGAUUUUGAUCGGGAACACUUCAGUGAAGUUUUUGUGGACCUAAAGUGGUUUGAAAGCAAAGUUGGUAACAAGUACCUCAAUGAAGCAGCAGGUGUCGCAGCAGAAGAAGCCAAGAACUACAAGGAAAAGAAAAAAUCAAAGGGCCAGGAAGGCUCCUCCAUAUGUUGGGCUGCUUUAGACAAAAAUGGAGAAGAAGUGGUAACUUCUAAAGAUAAUUUAGAAGAUGAGACUGAAGAUGAUGACCUAUUUGAAACUGAGUUUAGACAAUAUAAAAGAACAUAUUACAUGACGAAGAUGGGAGUUGAUGUAGUAUCUGAUGACUUCCUGGCUGAUCAAGCUGCAUGUUAUGUUCAGGCAAUACAGUGGAUUUUGCACUAUUACUAUCAUGGAGUUCAGUCCUGGAGCUGGUAUUAUCCCUACCAUUAUGCACCUUUCCUAUCUGAUAUCCGCAACAUCAGCACACUCAAAAUCCAUUUUGAACUGGGAAAACCUUUUAAGCCAUUUGAACAGCUUCUUGCUGUACUUCCAGCAGCUAGCAAAAAUUUACUUCCUACAUGCUACCAGCACUUGAUGACCAGUGAAGACUCACCAAUUAUAGAAUAUUAUCCGCCUGAUUUUAAAACUGACCUAAAUGGGAAACAACAGGAGUGGGAAGCUGUGGUCCUAAUCCCUUUUAUUGAUGAGAAACGAUUGUUGGAAGCCAUGGAAACAUGUAAUCACUCCCUCAAAAAGGAAGAGAGGAAAAGAAACCAACAUAGUGAGUGCCUAAUGUGCUGGUAUGAUAGAGACACAGAGUUCACCUACCCCUCACCUUGGCCAGAAAAGUUCCCUGCCAUAGAACGUUGUUGCACAAGGUAUAAAAUAAUAUCAUUAGAUGCUUGGCGUGUAGACAUAAGCAAGAACAAAAUAACCAGGGUUGACCAGAAGGCAUUAUAUUUCUGUGGAUUUCCUACUCUGAAACACAUCAAACACAAAUUUUUUUUGAAGAAAAAUGGGGUUCAAGUAUUCCAACAAAGUAGUCGUGGAGAAAACAUGAUGUUAGAAAUCUUACUGAGUGCAGAAUCAGAUGAACUUAGUAUAGAAAAUAUAGCUUCUUCAGUGCUUGGAAAAUCUGUCUUUGUUAAUUGGCCUCAUCUUGAAGAAGCUAGAGUUGUUGGUGUAUCAGACGGAGAAACUAAAUUUUACUUGGAAGAACCUCCAGGAACACAGAAGCUUUAUUUAGGAAGAACUGCCCCACCAUCUAAAGUGGUCCAUCUUGGAGACAAAGAACAAUCUAACUGGACAAAAGAAGUACAAGGAAUUUCAGAAUACUACCUAAGAAGAAAAGGAAUAAUAAUAAAUGAAACAUCUGCAGUUGUGUAUGUUCAGUUACUCACAGGUCGUAAAUACCAAAUAAAUCAAAAUGGUGAAGUUCGUCUUGAGAAACAGUGGUCAAAACAAGUUCUUCCUUUUGUUUAUCAAACUAUUGUCAAGGACAUCCGAGCUUUUGACUCCCGUUUCUCCAGUAUCAAAACAUUGGAUGACUUGUUUCCUCUUAGAAGUAUGGUCUUUAUGCUGGGAACCCCCUAUUAUGGCUGCACUGGAGAAGUUCAGGAUUCGGGAGAUGUGAUUACAGAAGGUAGGAUUCGUGUGGUUUUCAGCAUUCCAUGUGAACCCAAUCUUGAUGCUUUAAUACAGAACCAGCAUAAAUAUUCUAUAAAGUACAACCCAGGAUAUGUGUUGGCCAGUCGUCUUGGAGUGAGUGGAUACCUUGUUUCAAGGUUUACAGGAAGUAUUUUUAUUGGAAGAGGAUCUAGGAGAAACCCUCAUGGAGACCAUAAAGCAAAUGUGGGUUUGAAUCUCAAAUUCAACAAAAAAAAUGAGGAGGUACCUGGAUACACUAAGAAAGUUGGAAGUGAAUGGAUGUAUUCAUCUGCAGCAGAACAACUUCUUGCAGAGUACUUAGAGAGAGCUCCAGAACUAUUUAGUUAUAUAGCCAAAAACAGCCAAGAGGAUGUGUUCUAUGAAGAUGAUAUUUGGCCUGGAGAAAAUGAGAAUGGUGCCGAGAAAGUUCAAGAAAUUAUUACUUGGCUAAAGGGACAUCCUGUCAGUACUCUGUCUCGUUCUUCUUGUGAUUUACAAAUUCUGGAUGCAGCUAUUGUUGAGAAAAUUGAGGAAGAAGUCGAAAAGUGCAAGCAAAGAAAGAAUAAUAAGAAGGUACGAGUGACAGUGAAGCCCCAUUUGCUGUACAGACCUUUAGAACAGCAACAUGGAGUCAUUCCUGAUCGAGAUGCAGAAUUUCGUCUUUUUGACCGUGUGGUAAAUGUGAGAGAGAACUUUUCAGUUCCAGUUGGCCUUCGGGGCACCAUCAUAGGAAUUAAAGGGGCUAACAGAGAAGCUGAUGUACUAUUUGAAGUAUUAUUUGAUGAAGAAUUUCCCGGAGGCUUAACAAUAAGGUGCUCACCUGGUAGAGGUUAUCGACUGCCAACAAGUGCCUUGGUGAAUCUUUCUCAUGGGAGUCGCUCUGAAACUGGAAAUCAGAAGUUGACAGCCAUUGUGAAACCACAACCAGCUGUGAAUCACUAUAGCUCAAAUUCAUCAAUUUCCUCUGGGCAUUUGGGAGGCCUGAACCAUUCCCCGCAAUCACUUUUUGUUCCUACUCAAGUACCUAGUAAAGAUGAUGAUGAAUUUUGCAACAUUUGGCAGUCCUUACAGGGAUCUGGAAAGGUUCAGCACUUUCAGCCAACUCUACAAGAGAAGAUUGCAGUUCUACCUCAAGAAAUAAGUCAAGUAACUCAACAUCAUAAAGCCGCCUUUACUGACAACACUGUUAAAUGUCAGCAAAGAAAACAUGAGCCUCACAAAAAAUUUAAAGAAGAGUGUAAGAGUCCUAAAACUGAGAGCCGGUCACAAAAAAUGUCAAAUAAGCAGACAUUUGGAGGGCCUGCCAAAUGUAAUAUUAAGCUAUUGAAGAGAAAUAAAAGUGCAGAAGUCUCAGAAAACCAGAAGGUUCUGACUGGUUACCCAAGUGCUGUUGAUAAGCCUAACCCUGGAAUUGAGAACUUUUUAGCAUCCUUGAAUAUCUCCAAAGAAAAUGAAGUACAGUCAUCUCAUCAUGAAGAUCCACCAAGUGAAGAACUUUUGUCACCACAGUCAUUUGCUAUGAAAGGAACUCGGAUGCUUAAAGAAAUACUAAAAAUUGAUGCCUCUGAUACUGUGGACCAUAAGAACGAAACGAAGCAGUUUGGUAAUGAAGCCACUGUUCCCUCUAAUAGAAGAGAUGAAUAUGGACCUUCCUCACAGCCUCAACAAAAUAAGAAAUUAACAUCUUACAUGAAUAAGCCUCACAGUACUAGCGAAUACCAUAAUGUUCAGCCUAUGGACCAUGUGUGUUGGCCUGCUCCCAGCCAUAUCCCUCCUGUGUCCACACCAGUAACUGAACUUUCUCGAAUUUGUUCCCUUAUUGGAAUGCCACAACCAGAUUUCUCCUUUCUUAGAACACCACAGACGAUGACAGUUUGCCAGGUGAAAUUAUCUAAUGGCUUACUGGUACAUGGGCCACAGUGCCAUUCUGAAAAUGAAGCCAAGGAAAAAGCUGCACUUUUUGCAUUACAACAGUUGGGCACCUUAGGAGUGAAUUUCCCUUUUCCUCCACCAAUAUUUCCAAAUUAUCCUCCUGCUGUACCACCCGGAACCAUUCCUCCAGUUUUUCCUCAACCUACUGGCUGGGAUCACUAUGGAAGCAACUUAGCACUGGGGGCAGCUAAUAUAAUGCCUUCAUCAUCUCACCUCUUUGGCUCAAUGCCAUGGGGACCACCACUGCCAGUUCCUGGGAAGCCUUUUCAUCAUGCUUCAUAUUCUGGGACCAUGCCCAUGGCUGGGGGAAUGCCCAGUGGUGUACACAAUCAGUUCAUACCUCUACAGGUUACUAAGAAAAGGGUUGCAAACAAAAAGAACUUUGAGAGUAAGGAGGCCCAGAGUGCUCCAGCUACCCCACUUCAGACUAGCCAGCCAACAUCUUCCAAUGUCACCAAAGUGAUUCCACAGGAGACUUCAUCAGCUUCCUUAAAGUCCUCUCAAAUUACUCAACCUGCUUCUUCUUUUCAAGUUGAAGGCGCCUCCCAAGGCCACAGUAUGUCUCACCACAAGUCAACACCAAGCUCUUCUUCAAGAAGAAAAUCAAGAAAACUGGCUGUCAAUUUUGGUGUUCCUAAACCAUCUGAAUAAAUUUGGUACUUGGAAUUAAAUUAAUUUCUUUUCUUUCCAGCCAGCUUUUUAGAAGUACAUAUCUGUGUCUCAUAAAAAAUUGGAAUGUGCUAUUUUAAAAUAAUAUGUUUCAAUUAAAAUUUUUGAUUUGUUGUCAGGCACUUUUCAUGCUAUAUCAAAUUGUGCAUCUUAAACAUGUACAGUUUGUUUUACAUCAAUUAUACCUCAGUAAAGCUGUAAAAAAGAAAAAAAGCUAAAUUAAACCUUGUGUUAAAAUAGUAUCAGUGGACUAAGCAUUAAAAUGUACCACUCUAACUAUUGGCCUCAUCAUUAGAAGCAUCCUAAACUAUGACGUAGAUAUCAUAGUGCAAUAAUAAUAAAUUUUGACACUCUUGAGGGAUAAUUAAAUGGAGCGUGAAAAUCGGGCCUCAAGUAUAAUUUACCAAGUGUGGAUUUUAUUUCUCUUUUUAAUGAUGUAACAAGUUUAUCAGGAGAAUGGCUCUUAUUUAUAAGUAUUUUAACUUAGGUUUUGUUGUCUCUGAGGGUCCUUUAUACCUGCUGUGAAACGAUCACACUUGUGGUGGUGCUGCCAGUUUUGCUUUAUUCUAGAUUUUGUACCAAAGCAAGUUUAGAAUAUUGGUCAGAGUAUUUCAUUUAACUGCUUAGAACUAUAAAUAGCAAUCUAGAUUUGAGCAAGUAAUUACAAUUUUUUAGAUUACUCAGAAACCAGCAUUAGUAAUUUCUAAUAAAAUUAAGUUUCAAAAUCUACAGGGUACAAUGACCACAAAUUAACCUUCUAACAAAGUAAAAUCUAUUAAUCAUGGUGUUAGUUGAAAUAAAUUGUGUACUCUUUUGUAUAGCUUUUUACCUGCUUACCUAAACAUAUGUGAGAGCUCCACUGUUGAUCCUUGUAGUGCUUCUUGGGACUGAUGAAAUUCUAAUUUUUUAAAAAAUUCUAAGGUGUGCUAUAAUACAGGCACAAUCAGUUUGUGGUGUACUUAAUUUACAUGACAAAUGCCUGUCUCAUUCUGUUCCCACAUUUUUAACUUUAUGCUGAACUGUUCAGUGACGCUGGCAUUUUGUCUUUGCAUGUCAUGUGUGGGUGUGUAGUGUUCAAGCUAUGGCUGUUGAAAUUAUUUUAGAAUUUAUGAAAACUUCUCAGUGGUACCAGGGCCUGAGUUUUUAUAUAUAUAUUUAUCCUUUAGUUUUUGUGAUAUGCUUAUAUUUUUAAGGAAGUAAGUUAUCAUACUUUUUUAAGAGUAGAAACCAUAAUGUUUAUAUGGAGCUGCUUAUUAUUAUAUCCAGUUUCACUGAACUCAUUAAAAACUCUGCCAUGAGUCUUAAA